GUUCCUUGUCUCAGACUUCAGCUACGGGGCCGACGACUACGACGGAGAGGGGAAUGAGGAGCAGAAGGGGCCCCCAGAGGGCUCGGAGACCAUGCCAUACAUCGACGAGUCACCCACCAUGUCACCCCAGCUCAGUGCCCGGAGCCAGGGCGGCGGGGACAGCAUCUCCCCCACCCCACCCGAGGGGCUGGCACCUGGGGUGGAAGCAGGGAAAGGCCUGGAGAUGAGGAAGCUGGUUCUCUCGGGGUUCCUGGCCAGCGAAGAGAUCUACAUUAACCAGCUGGAAGCUCUGUUGCUCCCCAUGAAACCCCUGAAGGCCACAGCCACCACGUCCCAGCCCGUGCUCACCAUCCAACAGAUUGAGACCAUCUUCUACAAGAUCCAGGACAUCUACGAGAUCCACAAGGAGUUCUAUGACAACCUCUGCCCCAAGGUGCAGCAGUGGGACAGCCAGGUCACCAUGGGCCACCUCUUCCAGAAGCUGGCCAGCCAGCUUGGUGUGUACAAAGCAUUUGUGGAUAACUAUAAAGUCGCUCUGGAGACUGCUGAGAAGUGCAGCCAGUCCAACAACCAGUUCCAGAAGAUCUCCGAGGAACUCAAAGUGAAAGGUCCCAAGGACUCCAAGGACAGCCACACGUCAGUCACUAUGGAAGCUCUGCUCUACAAGCCCAUUGACCGAGUCACCAGGAGCACCCUGGUCCUACACGACCUGCUGAAGCACACACCUGUGGACCACCCAGACUACCCGCUGCUACAAGAUGCUCUCCGCAUCUCUCAGAACUUCCUUUCCAGCAUCAAUGAGGACAUUGACCCCCGCCGGACUGCGGUCACAACCCCCAAGGGGGAGACACGGCAGCUGGUGAAGGACGGCUUCCUGGUGGAAGUGUCAGAGAGCUCCCGGAAGCUGCGGCACGUCUUCCUCUUCACAGACGUCCUACUGUGUGCCAAGCUGAAGAAGACCUCAGCGGGGAAGCACCAGCAAUAUGACUGCAAGUGGUACAUCCCCUUGGCUGACCUAGUGUUUCCAUCUCCUGAGGAGUCUGAGGCCAGCCCCCAGGUGCACCCCUUCCCAGACCACGAGCUGGAGGACAUGAAAAUGAAGAUCUCUGCCCUUAAGAGUGAAAUUCAGAAGGAGAAAGCCAACAAAGGUCAGAGCCGGGCAAUCGAGCGCCUGAAAAAGAAGAUGUUUGAGAAUGAGUUCUUGCUGCUGCUCAAUUCCCCCACAAUCCCAUUUCGGAUCCACAAUCGGAAUGGAAAGAGCUACCUGUUCCUAUUGUCCUCAGACUAUGAGAGGUCAGAGUGGAGAGAAGCAAUUCAGAAACUCCAGAAGAAAGAUCUCCAGGCCUUUGUCCUGAGCUCAGUGGAGCUCCAGGUGCUCACGGGAUCCUGUUUCAAACUUAGGACUGUACACAACAUUCCUGUCACCAGCAAUAAAGACGACGACGAGUCUCCAGGACUCUAUGGCUUCCUCCACGUCAUUGUCCACUCUGCCAAGGGGUUUAAGCAGUCAGCCAACCUGUACUGUACCCUGGAGGUGGAUUCGUUUGGCUACUUUGUCAGCAAAGCCAAAACCAGGGUGUUCCGCGACACGACAGAGCCCAAAUGGGAUGAGGAGUUUGAGAUUGAGCUGGAGGGCUCUCAGUCCCUGAGGAUCCUGUGCUACGAGAAGUGCUAUGACAAGACCAAGGUCAACAAGGACAACAACGAGAUUGUGGACAAGAUCAUGGGCAAAGGGCAGAUCCAGUUGGAUCCACAAACUGUUGAAACCAAGAACUGGCACACGGAUGUGAUUGAGAUGAAUGGGAUCAAAGUGGAAUUCUCCAUGAAAUUCACCAGCCGAGACAUGAGCCUGAAGAGGACUCCGUCCAAAAAGCAGACCGGCGUCUUCGGGGUGAAGAUCAGCGUGGUGACCAAGCGGGAGCGCUCCAAGGUGCCCUACAUCGUCCGGCAGUGUGUGGAGGAGGUGGAGAAGCGGGGCAUCGAGGAGGUCGGCAUCUACCGGAUAUCAGGGGUGGCCACAGACAUCCAGGCGCUGAAGGCCGUCUUUGAUGCCAAUAACAAGGACAUCCUGCUGAUGCUGAGUGACAUGGACAUCAACGCCAUUGCUGGCACCCUCAAGCUCUACUUCCGGGAGCUGCCCGAGCCCCUCCUCACAGACCGACUUUACCCAGCCUUCAUGGAGGGCAUCGCCCUGUCAGACCCUGCUGCCAAGGAAAACUGCAUGAUGCACCUGCUCCGCUCCUUGCCCGACCCCAACCUCAUCACCUUCCUCUUCCUGCUGGAACACUUGAAAAGGGUUGCUGAGAAAGAACCCAUCAACAAAAUGUCCCUUCACAACCUGGCUACCGUGUUUGGCCCCACGUUACUGAGACCCUCAGAAGUGGAGAGCAAAGCGCACCUCACAUCAGCUGCCGACAUCUGGUCUCAUGAUGUCAUGGCACAGGUCCAGGUCCUCCUCUACUACCUGCAGCACCCCCCCAUCUCCUUCGCAGAACUAAAGCGGAACACACUGUACUUCUCCACCGACGUGUAGCCUGAGGUGGGAGCAGCUGUGGGGGGUGGCCCGAGCCAGCCUCUCCAGCAGGGACCCAACACAGACUUGAAGGACUACAAUAGAAAACUUCCAAACCCAGUGCUCCAGACUCCAAGGGACACAGAUUUCCAAGAACUGGAAGACGUGCAUCUUUUGUGCCACCUUGUACAAAGCCAGCUGCCCCAGCCCCAGCCUCACCGCACACCCUGGGCUCUGCCCUCUGCACCUCUAGUUGUGUCUAAUGCUCCGUGCCGUUCGGGAAUUGUUUUACGUCUGUUUGUCAUGCAGAAAAGGUAGUGACCGACCUGGUGCGGGCACACAGACAGCCUGCUUUGUUCUUUCAUUUCCUCCAACACUUUCCUCCAGAGUCCAGUCCAAGGGCUUUUCUUUUGCACUGUAACUGUUGCCAGCUUCUCCUCUCUUGGCCCUGCUCCCAGAUCGCCGUCUCCUGGCAGCCUCCCCUCGGCCUUCCCCUACCCUCUCCUCCCUCCCGGCCUGCCCGCAUGCAUGUGCAGCCUUGGUUUUUGAUCCGUCACCUGGAAAGUUCUGAGGAGGCCCUGGGUGGCAGUGGCGGUGGCAGUGGCGGCUGGUCAGAUGCCGCCCCCUGGCCCUCUUGCCCUCCUCCACCCGUGGAAGCACACCUGCUUGGCCUGGCCGCCUGUGCAAAUGUCGGACAAGGAGACAGGCUCACACUAAUCCUCAGCUUAGCACAGGCUGGAGAAUGGAUUUCUGGGAUUUUCCACCUGAGAGCCUCCAUUUCUGGGGUUUAUCUGUUCUGUCUCCAGUAGCAGUGAGGCAUCUUUGACUGUUUCUUCUACUGCUUUUCAGUUCCUUUUACCCUGGUGGUAGAUUUCCUUUGAGAGUAAAGACUCACAAGUGACCUGCUAUCAUGGUAGCCGGCGGUCAGGAAAGAAUCGAGGGAGAUGGGAGAGUCGGGCCACUGAGGAAACAGGACAGGCUGGAUGUUCAGAGGAGCGCCACGGGGCGCUGGGGGUCCUAAGUUGGGGGGCAGAGGCUCUCAGCAGCAAGGAGUUGUGGCUUUUCUAGGGGAGCCAGGCUUCUGGGAGGGCAACUACUAGGGCUGAACAGGUGUCCUGAAACAGGCAGGCUCUGUCCAGGGGGGAGCCCUUCCUGGUGGCUCAUGCACCUCGUGGUACCUUUGCCUUAGAUUUUACACUUUCUCCACAGCCAAGCACUGCCAUGGGGCAGCCCCCACGGCCACGUGUGCGCCAGGGCCUGGGACAGGUAGGCACAGUCCAGCAGUAGCCAGCCAUCAUGGUGCUGCCUCCUUACCCCCAGCUUCUUGGAUGCAGACUUUUGGGGUAACUGCGAAACUCUAGAAGUUGGGGAAGAAUGAGGAGUCACAGGCACGGUCCUCUCUGGGAACUGGGUUUUGCAGGGAACCCUUGUUGUUGACAUUCAGGGAUCAGCAGGUUCCCUUCCCAACUUUGAGACCCACUGCUCAGUCUGGAAAGGAGUGAGAAGUAGCCCCAAAGCGCAGUCUCUUCCCACUGAGCAGCAGCGGCUGUCCUGUGGCAAUUGGCCUGGGAGGGCAGUCACUUGGGGCUGCAAGGGCUUGAGCCGCAGUGCACAGCUCCCUGGCUCUCCUCGGUGGUGACGAAGACCUGAUUCAAUUCCUUGGGAUUGGAGAGAACAGCUCCCCUAGCUUGAGAUCUGGGCUGUUUUAAAAGAAGCUGUGGCACUUGCUCAGUGAGGGGAAGGGCGCUUUCUCAUCUUGUUUACACCUGAUGCCCAGUCGUGGGCAGAAUGGUACAUUCUGUGCAAGCUGGAGGAAAGAGAUGCGUAAGAGGAGGGAAAUACUGACCCCCUGGCGCCUAUUAGCAGCUCAGCAAGGAGCCCUGCUCCCUGAGACAGGAGGUGGAGAAAGAAUGCCACCUGAGUCUAAAGAUCCCCAUGUCUGACCAUCCCUGGAGUCUGUUCGGCGCUCAGGAGCUGGUGUGUGGCAUGGAAGUCUUUGCUUCCAAAGCCACUGACUGGAAUGAACUGGAGGCCCAGCUAGAGCUAAUUACAGUGCCUCCCACCUCCCCCAAAAUAAAGGGAUGUUUGCUUCUCAGCAUCAGGUAGCUACUGCAGUCCCCAACCUUGCUUAGGCCAUAUGAGAAUGGGAGGAAGGCUGGAAGGGCUAAGAAAUGCAAAAGGCUCAGAAUAUUUAUAAAUUCCACCCCCAGAGUGGGGAGGGGCAGGUACCAGACCUGGACUAAAGCUGCACCAAGGAAAUAGCCCAUGGGUUCUCCUGAGAGACAGGGACUGUGCAGCCCAGAACCCCCAGCCACUGUGCCCAGGAGGGCAGGCUGUGCCAACUGGAGCCCAGCAGACAGGCUACAGGAAUCCCGGGUGCCUGUCCUUGCUGGAAAUGGCUGUGGGCUGCCGGCGUUUGCUGAUACAGGUAGGAUGGGACCCUUCAUUCAUAUUUGACUUUAAUAAGUUGGUAAGGAUAUAUUUUUCUUUGGUCUAUGUUCUGUUUCAACUUAUGUAGAUUAUUAUAAAAUGAUGUAAACCACGUGAAGAGGAAAAUGUUAAUAAAAAAAUGCAAAGCCCCAACAUUUGCACACAA